AUGAGCACAAACUACAUCUCUCCCAGCAGGAAGCUGUUCCACGCAAGACACAAAUUAACAAGAAACCAACUACAGGACACGACAACAAACUCCAAUACAAAUGCUCGAGCAACAGAAACAACACGCACAGACUGGACUACCGCGCAUGAUAUCACGAUAGAUACGGACUCUGAACUUAUAGCAUAUGCUGUGCCAUUCAUCGUACCUAUGACUACCAACAAGAAGGCAUCGUCAUCGUCCACGGCGUCAUUCUCCCAGAACGGCAAUACGAGAUCGACAGUCUAUUCCGCUCGUUCGUCAUCUUUCCUUUCUGAAUCAUCCAUAUUCUCUUCCAAUACUUACGAGACUAAUGAGGAGGACUCGCUAUCGUAUAAAUUGAGAAAGAAUAUAAGUGUGGAUUCUUUAAUCCAAGACAAUAAACGUCGAAUGGCAGAACAUGAAGAAUCGCUACAAAUUUUCAAAGAGUCAACCACUUUACAAAGACAGGCAAGUCGAGAUUUACAAAAAUUAAAAUACGCCAACAGGGCCUUGCUAAGAAGGAAAUAUCAAUUGGAUCUAAUUUGGAAUGAUGUCAAGCAAAAUUGGGAUGACGAUACUAUAUUGAUGACGAUAAGGAAACGGUCAUUAGCAUGGUUCGGUCUACCGGUUGAAUUACGGUUUUCCAUAUACAACCUUUGCCUUUAUGAUACUCCAUCGUCCCGUGAAACGGUUCAGAGUGACUUGUACAUCGUCAUUGAAAGAUGCGUCAAGAUGAGAGCCAUGGCAAGGAGAAUAUGGUUUAAUUUUAAAAAUUAUGGUAAUGUGAACUGGCUUCUCGAGAACCAAACGACACCUUCCAAUCUAGAUUCGUCACACUCCACCAUUGAAAUGAAAUUUUUCCAAAGAUAUCAAGGUUUAUAUUAUCAUUUACGAGAUCAUUUGAAAUUGAACAUUUUCAUCGAUUUCUUAAAACCGCUGCUUUGGAGCUCUUUGAUUAAAGGUCUCAAUGGUCAUUUUUAUGAUGGUAUUGCAUUAGAAUUACUGGAUAUUCUAAUAUUUGCAAACUAUUAUAAUGAAUUAUCGAACAAGUUAUUGAAUGAGAUUCUCUUUGCAGUAUUGGAUCAAUGCUAUUUUAAAUUUUUCGUUAAUGAUUUUAACGAAUUACAAUAUCAACUGAACAUGUUCAAACCUGAUCUGGUUCAAAUAUUGGAAGCCAUAAGAAAAGAUCACGAGAAGCAAAUAACAAAAUGA